AUGAGAGAGCUCUUCAAAUAUGUCAGAUACUGGAGUAAUCAGGGAAAGGUCACUUUAUAUAUACAAUGCUAAAGAAAUAUAAUGAGCAGCUCAUCGAACACUUGGAGCACCAAGACAAACAGGUCAAACCAGAAAUGAAGCACUUUGUGGACAGAUAUCAGCAGGAACUGACAGAACAAAUGACUCUGGAAAAGUCCAUUCUGAAUUGUCUUCUGGAAGAGGGUCUGUUGACAUCUGAACAGUUUAAGAUAAUAGAAGACCAGAAAAACCAACAAAAGGCGAUGGCAAGGUUGAACUUUUAUAUCAGCAGAUGGAAUAAUGCACAAAAAGACGCUUUAUAUGAAAUAUUAGAAGAACAGAAUGGUCCACUAAUCGAACUCCUGGAAGAGAAAGACAAGAAGCAGCAACUAGUACCACAAAAGGAGCACUUUGUGGACAGAUAUCGGCAGAAACUGAUAGAACGAACAACUCAGGUGGAGCGCCUUCUGUAUUAUCUCAUGAUCAAGGAUCUGUUGACAUUUGAACAGUGUGACAAAAUAGAGGAACAACGAACCAAUCAAGAUCGGAUGAGAACGCUGUACUUUUAUAUCAGUGGGUGGAGUAUUGCACAAAAGGACGCUUUAUACAAUAUAUUGAAGGAAGAGCAUGAGCCGAUGAUCAAACUCCUGGAAGAGAUAGACAUGGAGCAGUCUCUACAACCAAGUAGCGAGAAACACCCAUACCUUCCAGAUUGGACAGCUGGAGGCUCCAGUCUGCUAGAUGUGAGUCCAGAUCCACAGCCAGGAUGUAGCAAAGAUCCUGAUCCUGGCAGGAAGGCCGACCCUGAGCGCAGUGACUGGAGUACAGCUACCGGGACAGAAUGCGCACAGAAUAUUUUUUCUCCUCAACAAAGUGAUCGGUUGCAAUGCGCGCUUUGUGGGAAGGAUGAGGAUUCUGCUGUCCUAGUCCUGCCAGUUAUUACAGGAAUGCAGUUCAGCCUAGAACUUCAAUCUGCUGGACUCUUCCGUUGUUCAAAGACGGGAAUUAAAUUCGAAGUGACUCGCCCGGUGACCAUUGAAUUUCAAUUGGAGUCCUGGAGUAGUUACGGUUCCCUACUUCAGAAUCUACAGAAUGAUUAUGAAAUAUUAGGUCCCAUCUUCAACAUCAAAACUGACCUGGAACCCGGCGUGGUCUCUGCGGUGUACCUGCCUCAUUGUUUGUGCAUAAAAGGUUUGAAAGAAGACACAUCGUGUAUUAAAUGUCUUCACUUCAAAGAUGAUAACCUAUCCUUGGAACACCAACUAGAGUUGAGCCGUACUAUGUUGUCUUGGAGAAUCCCACCUUCUCCCUUAUCACAAUUGUUUUUUUAUCCAUUGAAGUUGAUAAGGGAUGGAAUAAAAAGACUCAUAGCCAUUCAUGGCAUGGUUCUAAUAUAUUGGAGGAUAUCCGGAAUUACUGAUCCAGAUCACAGGAAGUUCAGAAUCCAUCUCUACCUUAUGCCCUGUAACCAGUCAGUUGAAAUGGAUAUUGACAAUAAUGAGACGAAAGACCCGAUGGAGCACUAUUACAGAUUACGCAAACCUCACCAGACUGACUCGUUGUAUAGCGGACAAACAUAUGAAGUUAAAGCAUCUCAGAAUGGCCGCGUAUUGCCCAGGACAUUGCAGUUCCAGUGUAGCUACGUAUCAAGGCUGUACCCCUAUACAGAGAUCACUGUAGAUGGCAAGGAAAUCAAUGACCGCUUUACAAUAUCCAUAGAAGAUGGUGGCAGUUCAGUGUGGCAAGCAGAGGUGGACAGAGGAGACAUGAAUGACCUGCAGACUCAAAUGUUGGUAUUUCCACAUCAGGGAGGUCAGAUGGAUUCUGUGGUUGAACAUCAGAGACCGCUAAACAAGGCAAAAGUUGAUUGCAACCGACUCACUCGAAGGGAAUGUCUUCUAAACACAUGUAAAGAGAUGAAGCCAAAUAAAUUUGAAGAAUUUAAAGCAUGCCUGAUGGAUGAUGAAUUUCUUAACAUUCACCAAUACAAGGCACUGACCACUUCAGACCUGAACAACAAGACCAUCGUUGAAGUGUCAGAAUGUCUGAUUAGACGCUACACAGAAAAAAAAGCUCUGUAUGUUACUUAUCUUGUGCUGGGCAGAAUUCAUGAGAACCAGCUUGCAAAGAACUUA